UUUACUUUUGUAGCUCCGCCUAUUCGAGAAUCUGGUGAGGUUGGGUUUUUGCAUCUCGCUGAACCUCUCGAUGCGUGCACUCGGUUAAAAGCUUCAGUGGCUAACGGUUCAUUAUCUCCAUUUAUUUUGAUAAUAAGAGGAGGCUGCUCAUUUCAUGACAAAGUUAAGAAUGCACAAAGUGCUGGAUUCGAAGCCGCCAUCGUAUAUGACGAUAAAUAUAAUGGUGGAUUGGUGACAAUGGCAGGAAAGUCAGAAGGCAUCAGCAUUCAUGCUGUGUUCAUCUCCAAGGUAUCAGGUGAAGAACUAAAGAAAUAUGUUAAUCAUACUGAUGUGGAGCUAUGGAUCAUUCCAUACUUUAUGAAUUCACCGUGGGCUAUUUGGGCUAUCUCUUUCGUAUCACUACUCGCUCUGUCCGCUGUGCUGGCUGCUUGUUUUUUUGUGCGUGGACGCCGCAUUACCCAUAUUCGCCGGGGAGCUUCUCGAGUCCAUGUUUUCCAUGGAAUGAGCAAUCGAUCGGUCGAAGCGAUGCAGAGUCAGUUGUUCUCAGAAGUUUUACGAGGCGAUAGCACGACGAAAACCUGUGCUAUUUGUCUUGAGGAUUACAGUGUUGGAGAAAAACUUCGGAUUCUACCCUGCCAUCACAGAUUUCAUGCGAAUUGUGUUGAUUCAUGGCUUACUAUGUGGAGAACAUUCUGCCCUAUGUGCAAGCAAGAUGCUCAAACAAGCCAUGGCGUUCUGCCAGCUUCUGAGACAACUCCAUUAUGCAUUCCAACUGCUUCUUCUUCUUCAACUUUGCCUUCUUUUCCUGACCAGCUGUGCUAACCAAAUCCUUAUCUAGCUUUCCUAACACC